AGUGGGUCAGUCUCUCACUCUUUGGAGAAUAGCAGAGGCAGUGGUGCCCUCCGACCGGCGGACGCGAAGAGUUGAGAGGAGCAAGCGAAGAUGUCACUGGUAGACUACGCAUCUUCAGACGACGACGUUUCAGAGGAGGAGGAAGAUAAAGAGAACAAGGAAAACGAACCAGCCCAAGUAGCCAUGGAUGAACCCCACCCUCCGACUCGUCCUCCUCACACCCAAUCUGUUGUUUCAUCAUAUCAGCAGUCUGAAAGUACUGCUUAUUCAUCAGCUCCUUCGGUCGAGAAACUUCCUGAUGCUUCACAACUCUUUGGUUCUUCUGAGUUCUCAUCCAAUAUGCUGAGUGGUAACUACCAGUCUUCUCUUGUUGGAGCUGAAAGUGCAUCACGCAAAAGAGAGUCAAAUUCCUUUGCUUCCCCUAUUCCUCGCAGUAAAGUUCCUAGAGGUAACUUGCCCCAUUCCAGGAAUGUUCCAGAUACACUUGGUGGUAUGCUGGUUCCACCUCAGCUUAGUGGAAGGAGCAAUAUUGUCACAGAAGAUGUCAGCAAGCUAUUUGUCAAAAAGCAAGGUGGUUCACCACAGUAGAGGAUAUCUAAAUGUAUGACGGUGUAGUUGUAGUAGUAGAUAAUGACACUUUAUCAUAAAUGACUGCUGAAAUUUCCGCUUCCGUAAAAUGUAAAGACUUUUAGAGGACCCCCCUUUUAUUGUAUUUACAUAUUAGACUCGGACAUUGUGUUGCACUAGUUGACGUGGUCGCACUCACUGGAUGAACUACUGCAUAAGAGCACCAUUGAGACAAUGACAAUUCCUAAUUUUUCAGUUAUUCAAA